AUGGAAAAGAACAUCUGCUAUCGGCAACGAAGGAGAAAAGAAGUCCUCUACGACGAUUGCGUACUCGAGGACUCCUUGUCCCAAGGUGACUGGCACUUCGAGGAGGACUUAAAUGUGGACUGCGAGAUGCUGCUCAGAGGAUUAGGAGCCUGUGCUGAGCGAAGAAGAAGGGCUUUGAGGCUUGAUCCGAAUGCAUCGCACAUUGAGCGGCAGAAGAAGAUUCUGGAAGCAGCACAAAGAAGAACGAGUCUAAAGAAGUGCCGCAGGGAUCUCCGCGAAUAUAAUAUUCAGCUAGCAACCUUGCUGAGCGAAGACGGGACUCGCACGUCUUCUCGUCGUGAGAUGGAAAUCAUUACGGAGAGGACGCUGGAUGAAGCCCAGCCUCAAGAACAAGCUGGAUUCCGCCAAGGGUUAAGCUGCUUGGACCACAUCCACACCGUGUCGAGAGUCAUAGAGGUUUGCCGGGAAUACCGCCUGCCCCUUGUUCUAACCUUUGUCGACUAUGAGAAAGCCUUUGACAACGUAGAAACGAAUGCAAUACUGUCAGCGCUGGUCGAUCAAGGUGUGGACGUGUCGUAUAAAGCCCACUGCGAGGACGGAGGAGUACAACUUGAAGGCUCCCAAAUCGUGGAAACUCCAUCAUACGAAUACCUCGGACGUUCUAUGAACAUGGAAAACGACUUAAAGGAAGAACUGAAUAGAAGAAUGAGAGCAGCAUGGGCAGCAUUCGUAGCCGUCAGGGAAGCUACGGACCAACUGACGGACCAAGAUCUUCGUGCCCAUCUGUUCGACUCGGCAGUUCUUUCAGCGCUCUGUUACGCAGCGGAGACGUGGGCAGACAUCGCUACCACGCCUAGGAAGCUAUUUACUCCCCACAGAGCCCUUGAGAGAUGUUUCCUGAAGUUUAACCGGCGCACACAACACCUAGCCGGUCUUCGUAGCUCCGACUUAAGAGGAAUGUCCCGUCUUCGCGACCCAGCGGAAUAUGUAUCGAAAGCAAAUCAUAGAUGGGCUGGUCACAUCAUGAGAAGAAUCGCCAACGAGAUGGGGGAUCUGCUUGAAGCAAGUUGUUCGUUGGUACAAUUAUUCGGAUUCUCGGCCUACCACAACAGCGCGAAUUACUCUGAGCCGACUGAUUUUUUCAAGCACAAACUACACGUGGAAAACCUUGCGACUCAAUACGACAGUAUUUACAUGCACUGUCCAAGUGUCAAUGCAACAACGUCUUCAUGUGCGCUUCAGUAUAACUUGUGCGAAAACACACCUGUUGAAUGUGCUGAAAGACUUUGUCGUUGUAUCAAUGAUGCGACAACUGUGGAUGAGAACAGUUCCUGUCACGAAGUAGUGGAUGCGACGUGCACCACCGUUAUCAGCGAUGCCAAGAGUUGGAGGAAUGUGCUAAGGAACACGCAAUUCUUGCGUUCAAAUAUGUUGGUGGGUUUACACAACAGUUGUGCCAUCAUUUAG